AAGUGGGAUUAUGCCAGUGCGUUGCUCAUGCAAGGAGUAUCUAUUUUAAGAACCAAUUUCCAUAGUUUAGCAUAGUACACUGCAAUUUCGUGAGUCAACGAUUCUGUUUGAUCUCUUCAUUUGACUUUCAGUGCCUUUUCUCCAGAUCUCAAAUCAUCCAUGGCGGCUGACCCAUCUUCUCAUCGGAGCAAUUCGCCAUCUCAGGACUUCAAUUGGGAUGAUUUGUUGGAUCAGUCUGAAACACUGCUGCACGAUUGUGUUUCAACUUUUCAUUCUCCUCCAGCUCCAGCUCCAGCUCCACCUCCAGCUCCAGCUCCAGCUCCACCUCCAACUGUAAAUGAAGUGUUUUGGGAGCAGUUCUUAACGGAAAGGACCAGUGAUGAGUUGUUGAGAAUCCAUGAAGUGUUCUUGAGUUUCAGAGGGGAGGAUACUCGUGCUUCCUUCACUUCACAUCUCUAUGCCGCUCUUCAAAACGCCGGAGUCAACGUUUUCAGGGACGACGAUUCCCUUCCAAGGGGAGAUCAAAUUACAAGUUCACUGCUGCAAGCAAUCGAAGACUCUCAGAUCUCAGUUAUUGUUUUCUCAAUCAAUUAUGCAAAUUCGCGGUGGUGUAUGGAAGAGUUGGUGAAAAUAAUGGACUGUCACAGAACCAUAGGCCAGGUGGUUCUGCCGGUGUUCUACGGUGUCGAUCCCUCUGAAGUGCGGCGCCAAACUGGUGAAUUUGGAAACAAAUUUCAGGAUCUUACAAACAGAAUUAUUGCACUCGAUAGAUACGGCUUUGAUCAGGUGCGAGUGCGACUAGAUAAUUGGGUGUCUGGUUGGAGGGUGGCGCUUUGUGAGGCCGGUGGCAUUGCAGGGUUUGUUGUCUUAAAUUCCAGGAAUGAAAGUGAGGCUAUUGAGAAUAUUGUUGAAAAUGUUACUAGUUUGCUUGACAAGACAGACAUGUUCAUUGCUGAUAAUCCAGUGGGAGUUGAAUCUCGAGUGCAAGAUAUGAUUCAACUGCUAGACAACCAACAAUCAAAUGAUGUUCUAUUACUUGGGGUAUGGGGUAUGGGAGGAAUUGGCAAGACGACCAUUGCAAAAGCUAUUUACAACAAAAUUGGCCGCAAUUUUGAGGGUAGGUGCUUCCUUGCAAAUAUUAGAGAAGUUGGGGAGCAAGAUGCUGGACAAGUGCAUUUACAAGAACAACUUCUCUUUGAUAUCUUCAAGAAAACAACCAAGGUACAUAGCACUGAAUCAGGAAAAAAUAUAUUAAAGGAUAGACUUUGCAGCAAAAGAGUACUUCUUGUACUUGACGAUGUGAACAAAUUGGACCAACUGAAUGCUUUGUGUGGAAGUCGUGAAUGGUUUGGUUCAGGGAGUAGAAUAAUCAUCACAACCAGAGACCAGCAUAUACUGAGAGGGAGUAGAGUUGACCAAGUUUACAUAAUGAAACAAAUGGAUGAAAGUGAAUCUAUUGAGCUUUUUAGCUGGCAUGCAUUCAAGCAAGCGAGUCCUAGAGAAGAUUUUUCUGAAAUUUCAAGAAAUGUUGUUGAGUAUUCUGGGGGAUUGCCACUAGCUGUUGAAGUCCUUGGGUCCUAUUUGUUUGAAAGGGGGGUAACAGAAUGGAAGAGUGUAUUGGACAAACUCAAAACAAUUCCCAAUGAUCAAGUACAGAAAAAGUUAAGAAUAAGCUAUGAUGGUUUAAAUGAUGAUAAAGAGAAAGAUAUAUUCCUUGACAUAGCUUGUUUCUUUAUUGGGAUGGACAGAAGUGAUGCUAUACAAAUAUUAAAUGGCUGCAAACUUUUUGCAGAAAUUGGAAUUAGUGUCCUUGUUGAGAGAAGUCUUGUAACUGUUGAUGAUAAGAACAAGCUUGGAAUGCAUGAUUUGCUGCGAGACAUGGGAAGAGAAAUCAUUCGUGAGGUAUCACCAAAGGAGCCUGAGGAGCGUAGCAGGUUAUGGUUUCAUGAGGAUGUUAUCGAAGUAUUAUCAGACCAAACCGGAACAAAAGCUAUUGAGGGACUGGCUUUGAAGUUGCCAGUUAAAAAUACAAAAUGUUUCAGCACUGAAGCAUUUGAGAAGAUGAAGAAACUCAGAUUGCUUCAACUUGCUGGUGUAAAACUUGAAGGAGAUUUUAAAUAUCUUUCAAGAAAUCUGAGAUGGCUGUGUUGGCAUGGAUUUCCGUUACCUUUCCUACCUAAAAACCUUCGUCAAGAAAAUUUAGUUUCCAUCAUGUUAGAAAACAACAAUAUCAAACAUGUAUGGAAAGAUGGCCAGAGGAUGGAGAUGCUGAAAAUUCUGAAUCUUAGUCAUUCUCAGCAUUUGACACAGACCCCAGACUUUUCAUGUAUGCCUAAUCUUGAAAAGCUUGUACUUAGAGAUUGUCCAAGCCUGUCUGAGGUUUCCCAUAGCAUUGGACAUCUCAAUAAAGUUUUACUGAUAAAUUUGAGAGACUGUAUUCGCCUUCGUAACCUUCCAAGAAGCAUCUAUAAGUUGAAAUCUCUGAAAACCCUCAUCCUUUCUGGAUGUUUAAUGAUUGACAAGUUGGAAGAGGACGUGGAACAGAUGGAAUCUUUGACAACCCUGAUUGCAGAUAACACUGCAAUAACAAGAGUCCCCUAUUCAUUAGUCAGGUCAAAAAGCAUUGGAUAUAUUUCUUUGUGCGGUCAUGAAGGACUCUCUCGUGAUGUGUUUCCUUCUAUCAUUUGGUCUUGGAUGUCACCAACAAAUAACCUCUCAUCCUUAGUUCAAACAUCUGCAGGCAUGUCAUCUCUUGUUUCUUUAAAUGUAUCAAGUAGUAGUUCCCAGGGACUAUCAUCUAUUCCCGUGGACCUCCCAAAGCUUCAAAGUCUGUGGAUGGAGUCUGGCUCAGAACUUCAACUUUCUCGAGAUGCAGAAAGAAUUUUGGGUGCCUUGUAUGCCAUGAAUUCUUCUAAAGAAUUGGAAUCAACUGCAACUACAUCAGAAGUAUCAAAUAUGGAAACUUCUGCCUUGAUGGAAUGCAUUUCUCAAGGGCUUGAUUCCGGAUCAAAAGGUUCCUUGAAAUAUCUUUUAUUUCAAAUGGGAAUGAAUUGUCAAGCCACCAGUAUUCUGAAAGAGAUCAUUUUAGAGAAUAUGGCUGUUGGAGGGUCUGGUGUGAGCUUGCUCCCUGGAGACAAUUAUCCAGAUUGGUCAACCUUCAACUCAGAAGGCUGUUCUGUAAUUUUUGAAGUCCCUCAAGUGAAUGGGCGUAGUUUGAAGGCAAUGAUGUGUGUUGUCCAUUCUUCUACCGCAGAUGACAUAACAUCAGAUGGCCUUCAAAAUGUGUUGGUGAUAAAUUGCACAAAGAACACUAUUCAGCUCUAUAAGAGGAAUGCAUUAGCCUCCUUUGAAGAUGAAGAGUGGCGGAAAGUAGUAUCAAAUAUUGAACCAGGUAACAAAGUAAAUAUGGUGGUUGUUUUUGAGAACGGAUUCACUGUGAAGAAGACAACUGUUUAUCUUGUAUAUGAUGAACCAAUUAGGGAGGAAGUGGAACCUUGCAAUGCACCAUAUAAGAAUGAAAUUGUUUUUGGUGGUGAUGAAAUUGAAUCUGCUGUCAGGAGGAGCUCUGUUCAAGUGGAGUCAGUGGAUGACUUGAAACAAAAACAGAAGAGAAGGAAAUUCCAAUAAAAGAUGGUGGAAGAAUGGCUGGUUAAAACUAUUUUUUAUGGUGCCUGCAAAUCUCAUAUUGGUGCUUGCUGAUUGUGGGGUUUGAUCAACAAACACACCUAUCUAUUCCCAUGGGACUGCAUCAGCAAAUGGUAGAAAAAUAUCAUCUGCAACAAUAAUAGGGAUGCAACCAUAUGCCACUGCUUCAACCAAUCUUGGGCUCCAAGGUGCAUAGUCAAAUAACAGCUAGUUGCAUGUUCUCGUGGUAUGUGGUUGGAUGCUCAGUUCACCUCUGCCAGAUUGCAAAAUGCAAAUCACAGUCAGUUUAACCGGCCAGGAUUAUUUGUUGAUCUAAGUUUGUUAAUAAAGCAGCAACGCAUGCACCCGAACUUCAUGCACUCAUUUUUCUUAGCAGCAAUUUUCCUGCACAUCUGCUCAAUAAGAGCACUCGUUUUUCUUCAUUUACGAGAUUACAUUAGCAAUUGGUGUAAAUAUAUGUAUCGAUAAUAGAAGUGGGUUUCUCCACCAGCAAAAACAAAUUUUUUCACCUUUUACAAUCAUCUA